ACAACUGAAUAAUCUCAGUGUAUAUUCAGCAUUCAUAGCACAGCACUCAUAUAUUUUAAAUACUUCGGAAAAGCAGUUACAGAAAAAAAUAAAUAAAAAUAAACGAAACACACAGCUGGAGUAUUCGUUGACUUAAAUUUUGCCAUUUUUCGUCGGUUUGAACGUUAAUAACAAUUUUAUAUUUAUUUAGUACGUGUACUAAACUACAUACCGGUAAAAAAAAAGCAACAACAACAAAAAAUUCCCAAAAAGCAAAAGCCUUAAAUUUUCGGUACAUUUCAUUUUGUGUUUAAACUACAAAACCAACUCGUAUCUAAAUUGGUAUUAAAAAUCAACAAUGAACGAUUCACAAGCUUUCAAUCAAAAUAACGCUGAGAACAGCUCCGAUAUGAGCGACAAGAUGUCGGAGCCAAAAUAUGAGACCAACGACCAAGCAUCGAAUUGCUCACGCAAUCCCAUAACCGGCAUGGGCUUGAAUGGAGACGGUGUCGGUGGUCUGAAGCCCAAAAUAGCCAAGAACCGAGCUGGCAAUCCGGUGACAGGCGAGGGCUACAAAACUGGUCACACUGAUAUGGAAGUGCUCCGAAAAAUUAGUCGUCGACCAGGUCCAUUUUCCUAAGCAGCUCGAUCAAUUGGUUUUACUUGCCACAAGAAGACGCCCAGCAUUAGCUCCAUGUCGAGUUGCCAUUGUUUAACCACACGACGCUGUUUUCCAUUUUAAUUAUACAAUUUUGCAGCUCGAUAUUGCGACUACUCGGAUUUGUGGUUUAUUUCAAGGCUGCUUUUGAACCGAACCUGGUUCAAAGCCGCAAUUUCCGUUUACUUUUAGCUAUGAACCAAAACCGAACAACAAACAAGUUCCCCAAAAGAACACCUGAACCGAACCACUUUUUGUAGAAAUUUAAUUGGAAUGUCGAUUUCAAUAAUGCUUUGGCUUUAAAUAAAAAAAAUUUGAGGGAGAUCCAGCUUCAAACAUAAA